CUUCAGGGAUGGGCCAGUUCAACCCUGUGACCAUGCAGAACGUGCAGAUGUCCCAGUCACCGGUGGGAGCUCCUCGGGCUGUGUCCCCUAUGACCCACCCCCCUCAGAUGGGCAUGGGUACAGUUCCAGCGAGGGGUAUGUCUCCCUCUAGGAUGCAGCAGGCACCAGCCAUGAUGGGAGGCCAUGCUAACAACAUGGUGGGCCAGACGCCCAACCAGAACCAGUUCAUGAACCAGACGCCGUUCCCAGCCUCAGCCGGAGGCAUGAAUGUGAAUGUAAACCUGGCCCAGCAGUCGGGACAGACUGUCCCACAGGUGAGGAGUCAGAAAUGUCACAUCUUCACUACGGUUUCAUUGUUACUUGGGUGUUUAUGAGACAUUU